CGAACAGCCGCUUUAACCGCGAUGCCCAGGCCGGCGUGCUCCAGUCCAUCAUCACUUUGGCCGCGGGUCAUGUCGCGAGCGUGACACCGUGACACGGCUGCGAUAGAGUUGUGUGACGGGCCGCGUCACCCCCGUGACGGUCGAGACCUGAGAGAGACGAUCUUCGAACGACCCUAGCGACGUAGUACGAAUCGACCGCCCCGAAAGAGACGUCGCCUCCGCGUCGACCUAUCCUCCCCCGCGGUGGCGAGGACUAACCCCCAGUCCAAGGAGUAGCCUCUUGCCUUGGAACCGCCCCCUGAUCAGGGUGUCCUAGUGGUGGGUGAGCACCUUGGUGUCGGCGCUCACGUGCCUGCGGACCUGCCGGCUCAUCUCCAACACCACCACCUCAGGGAACGCCCCUGGGCCAACAGGCACGACUGCAAAACGAUUGCGAUGCCACCCAACGGUCGCGCCCACUCCUAGCCGCCCGCUCGCGGCAGGGUCAUGGAGGCGGCGGGAGGCGGCGCCACGCGGGCCGGGGCGUCGGGGGCCGGGCGAGCGGCGCGCCGCCCCCUGCUGCUCCUGCUGGCGCUGGCCGGGCUGGUGGCGCCACUGUGGGCGGCCGACGGCCCUCCGCCGGCGAGCUGCCCGCCGGAGUACGACACCUGGGUGAAGAUGACGGCCCUGGUGCCAGCGACGCUAGCACCGCACUACCGCGUCUUCAUGUACUCCAGCCCGGGGAACGCCGUGACCGCCGAGUGCUACAACAGGUGCCGCGAGUCGGGGGACUGCCGCGCCUUCCUGGUGGACCACGCCCGGUCCGCGUGCUUCCGAGUCAGCCACUUGUCUCCCAGCUCCUGGGACCAGCCCGGGGACACCCCCGUCGCAGCCGCACCGGCGUCUACGUACUUCGAACGCGCUUGUCUCAAUGUGCGCGGCACCGGGUCGCGGUGCGCGUCCAGGGCGUGGGCGGCUGAGCGGGUGCCGGGGUACGAGCUGGUGGGCUGGGACCGGCUCACCAUCGCCUCCCCCGUCAGCCGCAACGAGUGCCUGCAGGAGUGCAUCAAGCCACACGACGGCUGGGAGUGCCGGUCGGCGCGCUGGGACUCGAGGACAGGGGCGUGCUAUCUGAGCGCUGAGGACCGGCGCUCGCAGCCCGACGCUUUCCGGGCGGGACCCUGGGGAGUCGAGUACCUGGAGAACCAAUGCGCGGAGCCCUUGGCCACCACCACCAGCUGCGCGUACCAGGAGUUUACCAACGUGUCCAUGGUCAUCGCCGACCUGCAGAUCACCGGCCUGGAUCGAGAGCAG